AUAUAUGUACAAAAGGCCAAGUGGAUCAUGUCCCUAACCCUAGUUUUCAUUCCGCCUUCCAGCUCUUCUUUUUAUCUCUACUUCCAGACUAACGAGAGGCGUCGGCGCGGCUGCUACUUCAAUCUCAAGUUUGAAGAAUGGUGAGAAUCAGUGUCCUAAACGACGCUCUGAAGAGCAUGUACAAUGCAGAGAAGAGGGGAAAGAGGCAGGUUAUGAUCAGGCCUUCUUCCAAAGUCAUCAUCAAGUUCCUUAUCGUCAUGCAAAAGCACGGUUACAUUGGGGAGUUUGAGUAUGUUGAUGACCACAGGUCUGGUAAGAUCGUCGUUGAGCUUAAUGGAAGGCUGAACAAGUGUGGUGUUAUCAGUCCUCGUUUUGAUGUUGGUGUCAAGGAGAUUGAGGGUUGGACCGCUCGUCUUCUUCCUUCCCGACAGUUUGGUUACAUUGUCCUGACUACUUCAGCUGGAAUCAUGGAUCACGAAGAAGCAAGGAGAAAGAAUGUGGGUGGCAAGGUUCUUGGCUUUUUUUACUGAUGCCGCAGCUUCACGACUUCUUGUUUAAUCGGGUUGUAUUUCACUGUUUUUUCGACUCGUCGAUUGCUCUUUAUGAACUCAGAUGCUUUAGACGCUUAUAGGAGAAAUAGACCAAUUUAUUUCGAUU